AUGGUGGGAAACCGUAUGUGGUGGUGCCGCCAGCGAAUUGACCAUCCAUUACGUCAGUUGAUGACAUUUCCAAAAGACGACCAACUUAUCUACAAGAUCCAGUUUUUAGGAUUAGAACUCGAUGAUUUACGAUCAGCCGAUUUAGGUGAAUUAAAAUCUAUGUUCCGUAAUGAACAAAUGGCAAUCAACGCACAAGACAUUGCACGCAAAUUCCCUAUUGUCGAAAUCGACACUCGUUAUCAACCGAUUUCCGAUCAAAUCAUCAACAUCAUCAUCGAAGCAUCAUUUCCAUUCAAAUGGGAUCCACAUGUUACUCACGACACAUUGAGUUUCUGGAUCUUCAUUGAAGACGGUAACGGAGAAAAGAUGUAUCUUGCUCAAGAAGUCCAAAUUGAUCGACAUCUUGCUAAUGAUGGCUUCAAAUUCGAAUACCUUGUUCCAGUUUGUGAAAGUCAUAAGUAUUUAGUUACUAUGACAUCUAGCCGCUUUUUAGGUGUUGGUGAUUCACAAUCUAUUUACAUCAAAAACUCAGACCGUGCUACAUUCGAUAGUUUCGAAUCUAAUCCACCUAAUUUACGACCACUCCCA